CGAGAUACGUCCAAAUAUCAACAUCAAAUUCUUCUUAGUGACAUAUGCGUUAUUGUGAUGAAUCACCUUUCUCCAUAAAUAUAGCACAAAAUAUUUUUUGAACACUGCUAAUAGAAUAUUUUCAACAAAUAUAUUAGCGACAUUUAACACUAACCAUGUUUCAUCACUUUUCAAAUUAGGAAUCAAUACCUAUGAAACUUUAAAAGCUCACUUCUUCAAGUUACUUUCCACAAUUCUACAACCAGUAGGACAUCAGGACUGACACAUCCUGCAAUAUUAUCAAGCAUGUAAAUCUCCUUUAGUAAACUCAUUCAAAUAUUUAGAUAGGUAUUCAAUUUGGUUCAAACUUAAAAUUUAAUAAGCAAAGAUCUCAGACAAUCAAUAAUUUGAAAGGAAUAUCUGUAAGUACAAAUUUUUGUUUAUGUAACUGUUCCAAUAAGAGUUUUACACUCGGUUCUACAAAUAAAUGUAUUUUUUUUAACGCCUUGAUGAAUAUAGAAACUUAGAUAAAUCAAUAAAAACCCAGAAAUCAUUAGUGAAUAAAUUUUAAAAAAGUUAAAAAACCAUUCAAUGGAACCGAUGCCUGAAACCGAGGGGUGGUUAACUGGUCAAAAUCCGUGUACAAGUUGGUCAAAAUCGCAGAAAAACUCAUAAGAUCUACUCAGAAUCCCUAAAAAUCUUUGAAAUCCUUAAAAAUUUAACAAAAUCCCACAAAAUCUCUUGAAAUUGCAUAAAAUCCUACAAAAUCUAACAAAAUUUCAUUAAAAUCAAAUAAAUCCUGCAAAAUCUCAUAAAAUCAUUAACAUUCCUGAAAAAUAUUUCCUUUGAAAUUCCCAAAAAUACUUUGGAAUCCCCAAAAACCUGUUAAAGUCCUGAAAUUCCAUAAUUUAUAGUGGAAUUUCGGUAAAAUUAUGUUAUUCUGAACUAUAGUUUUUCUACGAGCAUACUAAAGCUGAUGUUACGAGAAGUUUAAUUUAAAUAAAAUGCGAUUGUGCAGAAGGUAGAAUUUAAAAUGUAUUGAAAGGUAUUUAUAAAAAAAGGUAAAGGUAUUAAAGGUAAAGGUACAGGUGUAUCAAACUCUUCCCGCACUGGUGCGGGAAGAAAGUCUUCCCACACAGCAAAUCGUGCGGGAAGAGCCAUUUCCCGCACGCUCAUAGAAAAAAGCAAUUACCUACAUGUAAAAUUUUUUCGGAGUUUCCAUAGAAUUCAUCGAUCGAAUUACAUGAAAUCCUGAAUGAGUUACAUGGAGAAAUUUCUAACAAUUACAUUGAAUUACCCCGAAAUUCCCAACAUGAAAUUUCAGGGCUCGUUAAAUUACAUAAAGAAUUUCAAAAAAUUGCAUGAUUUCCGAGGAAUUUUCGUCGAAUUAUAUGGAGCUCCGAUGCAAUUUCAUGGAAUUCCAAGGAAUUGUCUGGGAAUUACAUGAAAUAUAAGUGGAGUGGAAUUUUGAACAAUUCUUAUCGUUUCAUAAGAAAUUCCAGUGAAAUUCCGAAAAAUCCUAAUGUAAGUACAUGAAGUUUUAUUUUUAUUCCAAGGAAUUCCUAGUUAAAAACAUGGCAUUUUAGUGAAAUUGAAAUUCCGAAAAAUUCCCAUCGAAUUACUGAAUUUUAGUAAAAUUAGAGAAAAUUUCACAAGUGGAAUUCCGAGGAAUAUCCGGCUAAAAACUUGGAAUUUUGGUGAAAUUUGGAAAAAUUCCCAUGUAAUGAUUUAUUUGAAGUUUCAUUAAUAUUUUCAGAAAUUCCUGACUAUUGAAAGAGAAUUUUAAUGAAAUUCCCAAAGAUUCUUAUGGAAAUUAUUGAAAUAUUGAGAAAAUAAUUGAAUUUUCAUUGGAAUUUCGAGACAGGACCCUGCCCAAAAUAUACGGAAAUUGUGUUUAUGUCAGAAUUGGCUGAAUUUUGUAUAUGAUGUAGAUCACGCCUUCCUGAUUAAAAGUUACCAUUGCACUAAUCCUGUAAAAUUACUCCACGUAGCACACCACUGCCCCAUAAGCUCAACUAUUUGUGCUACAUUGAAAGUCCAUUACAAUGUCUAAGCGUUUUACUUGCUACCUAUGAAAUUAAUUUUCUCAAAAAUGAGUCAUUUUUGAGGAUUGGUGCAAUAGUAACUUUUAAUCAGGAAGGCGUAAUCCACAUCAUAUACAAAAUUCAGCCAAUUCUGACAUAAACACAAUUUCCGUAUACUUUGGGCAGGCUCCUUUUCGACUAAUAACGUGGACUUUCAGUGAAAUUUCAAAAAAUUCUCAUAAAAUUUUAGUGAAAUUCUGAGGAAUCUCUAAGAAAUUAAAGGAACUAUUAGUGAAAUUCCAGGUUAUUUCAGUGGUGAAGUUUUGGGGAAUUUCACUGAAGUUUUAAGAAAAUUAUGGAAUUUGGAAUUUCUAUAGAAUUUUGAAGAAUUUCAGUGGGGUUUCAGAAAAAAAAAAUUAUGAAAUAUUCGCAAAAUUUCCAUCAAAUUAUUUAUAAUUUCACUUUGCGUCGACUUACAAAAAAUUUCGAUGAAAUGUCGAGUAAAAUUCCAAGGAAUUCUCGUCGAAUCACAUAUAUAAAUCUUAUCGUGGAAUUCCAGUGAAAUUACAUGGAAUCCGAAGAAUUCUUUUGGAAUUAAAUAGAAUUUCCGUGGAAUUUCCAUGGAACCACAAGAAAUUUUGACGGAAUUCCGAAAAAUUGAAUUACAUUUUUGUGAAGUUCUGAGUAAUUUCUGUCGAGUUACAUAAAAUUUUAGUGGAAUUUCGAGAAAUUUCCUGCAAUCUUUCAGUGUAAUUCCGAGAAAUUUUUGUACAGAAUUCCAUUGAAUUUUAUGGUGGAAUUCCAUGGAAUCUUAUGGUGAAAUUCGGAAAAGUAUUAUGAAAUCUUAUGGAAAAAUUUCCAGGACUUUCUGUUUUUCUAUUCAAAUUUGUCAUUUGAAUGGAAUUUCGGGAAAUUCCAUAAAAUUUUCUAUUCUAAGGAAUUUUUAUGGAAUUAAUGAAAAUUUCCGCAGAAUUUCCAUGAAAAAACUUGAAAUUUUAGUGGAAUGACGAAGAAUUUCAUCAAAUCUCAUAAGUAUAAGUGUAAUUCCGAAGAAUUUUUGUCCAAGAAUUCCAUUGAAUUUUAUGGUGGAAUUCCAAGAAUCAUAUGAUGAAAUUCAGAAAAGUAUUAUGAAAUCCUAUAGUAAAAUGUCUAGGAAUUUCCGUUUUUCCAUUCAAAUUUGUCAUUUGAAUUUAGAUGAAUCUCUAAAAACUUUUCAAAAUCCCCUAAAGUGCUCUAGAAUCACCUAAAAUUUUGAAAAUCUAAUAUUUUCUAAACUCCUGUAAAAAUGUGUAAAGAUUUUCAAAAUUCCUAAAAUCCUACAAAAUCAAUUAAGAUUUAAAAUAUUAUAUGUGUUCCUUAUUUUAUAGAGUUUUAACUAAACCUCGGAGCGGUUGAUUGGUCAAAAUCUGUCUACAAGUCCAGAAAAACAUGUAAGAUAUAUUCAAAAUCCCUAAAAUCUUUAAAAAUUCAACAAUACCCACCUCACAAAAUCCCUUAAAAAUUACUUGAAAUCGCAUAAAAUUUCACAAAAUCACACAAAAUUUUAUCAGAUCCUAUCCUAUGUAAAAAUCCUUUAGGAUCCCUAAUGGCCGUUUCCAUCAACUAUUUUAGGGGAGCUUCAACAAUAAGUAUUCCUUAAAAUGACAGUCUUCUAUGGAGAAAUGUUUAAAAAAUACUUAUCAUCAAGACUCCCCUAAAUUAGUUGGUAAAAACGCCAUAACAGCCCCUUCUAAAUUCGUAAAGUGAUCCAAAAUCACCUAAAAUCUUUUAAAAUCCUGUAAUAUCACGUGAAGAUUUUCAAAAUCCUCAAAAUCCUACAAAAUCAAUAAAAAUUUAAUUAUGCACAGAUUUUAUGGAGUUAACUUAAUUUCAAGCGGUUAAUUGAUGAAAAUUUGUAUACAAGUUGGUCAAAAUCCCAGAAAAAACUCAUAAACUCGUAAAACGUACUUAAAAUCCCUGAAAAUCUUUAAAAAUCUAACAAAAUUCUAUUAGAACAAAAAAAUCCGACAAAAUCUUAUGAAAUUCGUUAUAAAAAAAUUCCUUUAACAUUUCCAAAAAUCCUUUGGGAUCCCCAAAAAUCCGUUGAAAUCUCUAAAAAUCCUUUAGAAUCUCUAAAAACCCUUCUAACUUCCCUAAAAUGGCCCAAAAUCACCUAAAAUCUUUUGAAAUCCUGUAAAAUCAUCAAAGAUUUUCAAAAUCCUCAAAAUCCUACAAAUUCAAUGAAGAUUUAAAAUCUGUGUACAUUUUUUAAGGAGUUAACCACCCCUCGCCUGAAGCUUUCCAGCCCAGCAAGACUGCAUCAAUUUUUAUAAAACUAGGUAUUUAAGUACAAAAAAAUGAAGGUAGAACUUAAAGGAAAUACCUUCGAUCUUAUUACUCAUCCAUAAAUUUUUCAAUUUUAGAAUUUAGAAAUUUACAUACUUAUAGGUGUGUAUCUUGUGUUUAUGUGAGUAGGUACAAGUAUGUUAAUAAUUUACAAAUGUUUGAGAUGCAAUUAAUAUACCUACUAAGAUCUCGACUAGGAUGUUUAAUUGAAUGUGGGCAUUAGGUUUUUUUAUUAAAAAUUCUUCACAUUAUUCCACAUUCACAAUUUAAUUCCUAAGACAAAACUCUCCACAAAACUAUUUAUUUGUAAUGUUCAGCUUGAGAAUCACUCUGUCCAAUAUAAGUUUCAAUAGGCCUAUAUUUCCAUUCUGUCUUCUUGAUGUGCUCCAACAACUCCUUCCUGAUAUGGUUCAAACGGUUCUGAUGGAUUUCUUGUAGAGUGGCAGCCCGAUGAUUUUCCGCCGCUUCUGAACGUUUCGCAUCUUUCAACAUCUCUUGAAGGGCAUCUUCUCCAUUGCUGCUGCCGCUAUCGUCUUUCGAACUGGAAAACAACGUUUUUUUCGGCAUGGGGGUACUUAAACGAGGCAUAAUAAUUAAGUAUUAAUUUGUCCUUGGAAUUAACUUUUUAUUGGUAGGUAUUAAUAGAUAAUAUAGAACAUUGUAAUGCCUUUGUUCUAGUAAAAUAAAUUAACUUCAAGGGCUAAUUAUCAAUCUUCUAAUUAAUAAUUAAAGAAAAAGGGUCAAAAACGAAAAACUUUGUUGUUGUUUGUUCACAAUCAUCAGCUGAUUUUGACAUUUAGGCUACAUCCGUAUAUGUUACAGUUAACUGUAAUCUUGCCAUUAUUUAUUCAGUUUUAUAAUUAUUAUUGUGCCUUUUUUUCAUUAAUUAAAUAAUAAUUAAUUUGAAAAUUUAGUCAAAAUUCAAUUCAAUUAAAUUGUUCUAAAACUUUAAAAUAAUAAAAUAGCAAUAAUUGAGUUUUUUGUGAGUUAAUAAUUGUCGUUGCUGAUAGAUGGCGCUAGGCGCGUAGCGCCUAAAAAUCAAUUUAUUUGAAUUUGAAAUGUUUUUGUUUGCAUUGCCAUAAUUUGAAAAUAUCCAAAUAAAUAAUAAUUAAAAUUAACUAAAAACCUUCCAAAAUGAGUUGAGAAAGAUUUAAAAAUGUGGUUCGAAGAUUAUCAGUGGCAUUACGAUUAUGUACGUUUGGCCUGGGACACGGGAUUCGCCUUUGAUAAGUGCAAAUCGGCCAAUUUGGAUAAAAACAAAAUAUGUAUUGUAGAUGUAGACAGAAUAGUCAAAGAAAGAGACGUAGCCUCUGUAGAUCGUUACAUUUCCACAGUGGUACAAUACAUAUUAGAUGACGAACAAGCCAAAGUACUAGACACAAAUUUCGUUAAGAUAUUUAGGAUAAGCCAGUUGGCUGUAGAAUAUUUAUUAUUUUGUAAAAAGUAUCUGGAUAAUACCGUGACGCUUCUUAAAAAGGAACUUACCAAAAAUAAAGAGGAAAAUACAGAACUUAAACUUUAUGUAGAAGAUCUUCAAGGGCACGUAGAAACUUUAACUAAACAACAAGUUUUUGCCAGUUUCAAGUGCUCUUUGUGCUCUAAAGUUUUUGGCUCUGAAGACUAUUUAAAUGCCCACAUUAAACGCAGACACAAUAACCAAAACCUUGAAACUUCAAAUUUUGAAACCGAUAGAUUAAAUAUGGAAAUUAAAGAAUUAAAAGAGCGAUUGAACAAUACCGAAAAACUUUUAAAAGAAAAAGAAGAACAAAGCACAGAGAAAAAUAACAAUAUUAACGAAAAUUCAAAUAUGCUUGAAUUGUUGAAGAAAUUUGAUAGUUUUAAAAACCAAGUUGAAGAUGAACUAAAAGAAUUAAAACGACAAAAAUCAUUCUAUGAAGAAAACUAUAGUAAAUUAUUCAAUAUUGUUGUACAAAACAAAGAAAACAUAGAACCAAAAACUCAAAUGGAAAAAACUGAAACUACAACGCAAACUGACAAAGUUUUGCACCUAGAAAACGUGCAAAACAAAAACGUCCUUGAAGUCCAAGAGCAAAGUGACCAACAAAAUCAUGAAGAGCAAAAUAUUGUAGAGGCCAAAAUCUCAGCAACUUUAGCCGGAAUUGAAGGGCAAAUGCAAGCUUUUUGGAAUAGACUGAGCGAUAUUGAACAAAACAAAACUAAUGAUACCAUUCAAACAAAAGAUAAUGAUAAUAUUGAAAUAAAAGAAGUCAAACCUAGAGCAAAACCUAGAAGCAAAUGGACCAAACCAACACGAAAUUCUGUUAUUGUUGCUGAAAAUAUUGAAACUAGAGAAACAUUGAUAAAUGCUAUUAAAGAACUACAAGACAAGCAAAAAAAGGAAGAUAUUGUUGCUAAAGAUGUCAGUGAAAAGUCAUUAAAAAGGACUAAGUCUGUAAUAAUUGAAAAAGUUUCCAGUGAAGAAGAGAGUGAAUCUGAGGAAGAAAGUCAAUCAGAAUCUGAGUCAGAAGAAUCAGAGUCUGAAGAAUCUGAAGAACCUAUAAAAAAGCCAGCAGAGGUUUUAGUGAAAGAGUCUAAAGCAAAACUUAGUGUGAGAACUCCCGAAUAUAGUCCAUGUUCAGCUAAGGUUAUGAAAGAAAAAGUAAAAGAAAAACCAUCAGUAUCAAACAAUUUGGACAAACAGACGCAUUCCAGAAGAAGCAAUAAUUCAAAUAAAUCAGUCAUCGAUAUAAAUAAACAAGUUGAGGAAAUGGUCUACCAUAGAUUACAAGAUCUAGGAAUUUCGGAUAAUUGGAAAGGUCUGCCACAAAGAUCUUUCGAUAGAGCUCUUGAAAUUAUCAACCAUCAAGCUACUUUAACCAAAAAAACUUUUCCAAAUUUUACCAGCAUUAAAAAGAAAAUCAAAAAUAUUAUCAACAAAAAGUGUGAUGAAAAAAUGAACAAUAAAACACAAUUAGAAGUAAAAAGGUCUGGAACAAAAUCUAAUAUAGAAAAAUUGCAAAAUAUCGUAAGGAUUGGUUAUAGGCCUAAAAGUAGCAUGAGGAAUUCACCAAACCACAAAAGCCCUAAGCGCGAAAUUAACCCAGCCUUGUACGACACUGAUAGCGAAAGUGAAAAUAUUGUCAAACAAAAUUCCCAUAAAACAAAUUUGUACUCAAAUGUAGUUGCGGAACUGAAAUCUCUUUCAAAAAAACCAUCAUCCGACGAUGAAUCUUUGGAAGAAGCCAAAAAAGGAGUUCUGAAAAGUUUCCCUUCAGUAGUCUCCUUGUCCAAGAAAAAAGUUUUGUUUGACUUGGCAAGCGAGUCGAGUAAACUUCAAGAAGUUUUAUUUCAGAAACAAGGCGGUAGCACUACGAGUAUUGCUAGUAGUAUUUUAGGCGAAAAAGUGACUGAUAAAAGUCAAGAUGUUGAGGAUAAAGAGAAAAUUAAUAGUAAGAAAGUUGAGAAAGAUUUAGAUUUAAUGUCUGAUUUUGAUCUUAGUGAUUUGGAAUAGUUAGUAGGUUCAUAAUUAUAAAUAUUUUUACAAGUGGAGUCAUAUUUUUUAGGCAAUUAAAUUCGAUUUUUAUAGUUUAUAAGUAGUCCUAAUAAAUAAAUCUUGAGAAAUCGAAAAAUUCACCCUAAGGAACUCCAAAUGAGCUUGUAACGAUGUUACUAAAAUUUCCUGGGAUUGAAUCAUUUGUACCUGCUACCUGCUCGGAAAAUCAGGAAGAUCUGCUAGGAGCUGUUCUUUAUGAGCUUAUUAUAUGGGAGUUAUGGGACAAGUGAUCGCCGAUCAGCUGCUGAUAUCUGCUUAAAGCAAGAAAAGCAGUACAAAUGAACAGCCUGACUGUUUCAGGUGUAGUCUAAGAGCCCGUAACAAAAAAGCCUCAGUCAUCUGUUAGAAGGCCGUUUUUUAGUGCGAAUAUGAACCUACUGAGGCUUGAACAGGAGCGGUUGGCGGGCCAUCCCCCUCCCUUCACCAUGUCCACC